GCGCUGUCGCAGUGAGCGGCGGGCGGGCACCGGGCAGCUCAGCCCGGUGGGUCCCCUUCGGCGGGGAGGAGGUGGCAAACAGGCGUCUCUGAGUAGCUUGGUGCAGGCAGGUGCUUCCCUCCUGGAUGGGCAGGAGAGAGGAGCUGCUGUCCGGAGCGCCCGGCAGGCGGGCAGCCUCCUCUUCUUAAUUGAAUGGGCACUUGUGAGCGCUGACAGCAGCGAGGGUUACUCGCUUUUGAGAUGGGCGGGCAGGACUGAGAAGAUUUAUUUUGCUCACUGUAGGACCCCGAGUGGCUUGGAUUUUGUCAGAGGGAAAUGCUGCAGCGUGAGCCCACCGCCUAGAGAGAAGGGAUCGCGCCUCCUCGGCAGCGCUCGCUGAGCCGGAGGGACCGCCAGCGGCACCAGCCCAGCCCGGGAUGCGCGGAGGGGACGCCCUGCCCGAGCCCUGCGAGCCUCUGGGGCGAGGAGCGGCGGAGCGGAGCCACCCCCGGCGGUGCCCGGCGGCGGAGCGGGCAGCCCGCUGAGAGGGCAGCGCUGAGCUUUCGGCUGCAGGAGGCGGCGGCCGCGAUCCGGUGCCCCAUGGUGGUGCUGCGGAAGCUGCCGGGCAUGCCGGGCUGGCCCGCCGCGCUGGGGCUGCGGCUGCCGCAGAAGUUCCUUUUCCUUCUCUUCCUUUCGGGCCUGCUCACGCUCUGCUUCGGCGCCCUUUUCCUCCUGCCCGAUUCCUCCCGCUUCAAGCGCCUCUUCCUGCCUCGCCGCGCUGCCUCUUCCUCCUCCUCCUCUUCUUCCUCCUCCUCCUCCUCCUCCGCCUCCUCCGCCUCCUCUGCCCGCGGCACCGCGCUGCCCCGCAGCCCCGCCGCCCCGCGCCGCCCGCGGGACCCGCUCCGUGCCGCCCGCCCCGGGCUGGGCUCCCGGGGGCAGCGGGCACAGCCUGGCACCGCCGCGGACCCCGCCGGCCACGGCCGAGUCGCGCGCAGCUUCGACUACGAACGGUUCCGCAGGAGCCUCCGGCACCCGGUGCGCGGCGGGCGGCCCGGGCAGGACCCCGAGAGCCGCGCCCGCAGGGGCAAGGUGAAAGAGAUGAUGAAAUUUGCUUGGGAUAACUACAAACAAUAUGCACUUGGAAAAAAUGAGCUGCGCCCGCUGACGAAGAACGGCCACAUCGGUAACAUGUUCGGAGGCCUUCGAGGAGCUACCGUGGUCGAUGCCUUAGAUACUCUGUACAUCAUGGAACUCGAGGAGGAAUUCCAAGAAGCAAAGAAUUGGGUGGAGAAGAGCUUUGACUUGAAUGUGAAUGGAGAAGCGUCCUUGUUUGAGGUGAACAUCCGCUAUAUUGGAGGACUGUUGGCCGCGUACUACUUAACCGGAGAAGAGGUGUUCAAGAGUAAAGCUCUGGAACUCGGAGAGAAACUUUUGCCGGCUUUUAACACCCCUACUGGCAUCCCACGUGGCGUCAUAAAUCUGGGCAGUGGCAUGAGUUGGAGUUGGGGUUGGGCAUCUGCCGGAAGCAGCAUCUUAGCAGAAUUUGGUACCUUGCACUUAGAAUUCCUGCACCUCUCGGAGCUAUCUGGCAACCCAGUGUUUGCGGAAAAGGUGAUGAACAUCCGCAAAGUCCUGAACAGAGUUGAGAAGCCACAGGGCCUUUAUCCCAACUUUCUCAGCCCGGUGACAGGGAACUGGGUGCAGCACCACGUCUCCAUCGGGGGGCUUGGGGACAGCUUUUAUGAAUAUCUCAUCAAAUCAUGGCUGAUGUCAGACAAGAAAGACUCUGAAGCUAAAAAGAUGUACGAUGACGCACUAGAGGCAAUAGAAAAGCAUUUGGUCAAGAAGUCUGCUGGAGGAUUGACCUACAUCGCUGAAUGGAGGGGUGGCAUCUUGGAUCACAAAAUGGGCCACUUGGCUUGCUUCUCCGGGGGCAUGAUUGCACUGGGAGCAGAACACGCUGGAGAAGAGAGGAAGCAGCAUUACGUGGACCUCGCUGCAGAAAUAACAAAUACGUGUCACGAGUCUUACGCACGCUCAGAUACCAAACUGGGCCCUGAAGCCUUUCGCUUUGAUGCUGGAACUGAAGCCAUGGCAACCAGACUCAGCGAGCGCUACUACAUCCUGCGUCCAGAGGUGGUAGAAAGCUACAUGUACAUGUGGCGGCUGACACACGAUCCCAAGUACAGAGAGUGGGGCUGGGAGGUCGUGAAGGCCCUGGAAAAAUAUUGUAGAGUAGAAGCUGGUUUUUCUGGCAUCCGAGAUGUUUACACCACAACCCCAACCCAUGACAACAUGCAACAGAGUUUUUUCCUCGCAGAGACUCUGAAGUACCUCUAUCUUCUGUUCUGUGAAGAUGACGUGCUGUCCCUGGACGACUGGGUCUUCAACACGGAGGCUCACCCCCUGCCAGUCAACCACACGGACUUUAGAGCAAGCGUGCAGUAGCGAGGCCUCUGCCCAGCGCCCUGCGUCCGCAGCCUCGGCCGAUUACUGCAUUUCCUUUCCAUUAAAGGAAUUCGUGUUGUUCCUAAAACGGUAUUUUGGGGCACUAGUCCAAUUCCGGACACUAUUAUACCGGGGAGAUGGAACCAUGACAUAAGCACCUUCUUUUCCUCUGUGAGGAGCUCUUUUAGCCUGAUGAUGAGAUGUUUAUUCUGGGCCAUAUUGUACACAGUUCAUAGACAUUCCUUUAUACAGAGAAUUUAUAUGAAAUCCACUGACUUUGCUUUAUAGUGGCCAAAGGACUGGAAGUUCGCCAUAAAAAUAGACUUCACACACACACAUCCUCCUUUUGGUUUUCUGUUUCAUUUUUGCCUUUUAUAUUCUCUUGGAUUUAUCACCUUUCUAAUUAACAGUUUUGAAUAUACUGUGCUUUCUAGGUGAUGGGCUUUCCAGGAUCUUCAGGAAGGACAGGGUAGGAGAACGGGGAAGGGGAGUUGCCCUUUGUGUGAGGGAGCAGCUGGGGUGCACGGAGCUCUGCCUGGGAUGAACGAGAAGCUGACCAAGAGCUUAUUGGUCAGGAUUGAAGAGAGGACAGGUAAAGGGGACGUUGUAGUGGUGUCCACUGUAGGCCACCUGACCAGGAAGAACAAGUGGAUCAGGCCCUCUACAGACAGGCAGGAGAAGCCUCAGGUUUGGAUUUGCAGGCCCUGGUCCUCCUGGGGGUCUUCAGCCACUCUGGUAUCACUUGGAGGGACAGUGCAGCAGGACGUAAGCAAUCCAGGGAGUUCCUUCAAAGAGCCAACAAAGAAGCGCUCUGCUGGACCUCAUGCUCACCAGCAAGGAGGGGCUUGUUGGGAAUGUGAAGAUCAGAGUCAGCUUUGGCUGCAGCAACCUUGAGAUAGUGGAUCCUGAGGGCAAGAGGGAGGAUGAGAAGAAAGUUCAUAACCCUUUACUUCAGGAAAGCAGAGUUUGGCUUCUUCAAAGAUCUACUUGGAAGAGUCCCAUUGAGUAAGACCCUGAAAGAAAGAGGGGCCUGAGAAAGCCAGUUAAUAUUCAAGAAUCUUGUCAUCCAGGCUCAAGUGAGUUCCAUUCCAGUGAGCAGGAAGUCAGCCAAAAAUGCCAGGAGACCUCUGUGGAUGAACAGAGAACUCUAGCUAAACUCAAACACAAAAAGGAAGCACCCAGAGCAUGGAGGCAAGGAUGGGUAACCUGGAAGGACUGCAGAAACAUUGUCCAAGCAUCCGAGACUGAUGUUAGGAAAGCUGAAGCCCACAUGGAAUUGAAAUCAGCCAGGAAUGUUAAAGACAGUGAGAAAGGCUUUGGUGAGAAAGACCAGGAGAAUGUGGGCCCACUGCUCAACAAGACAGGGACCUGGUUACACAAGACACGGAAGAGGUUGAAAAAACAAUUGUCACCUUUACCCAGUCUUUAUUAGCAAGAACAGCCUUCAGGGAUCCCAAAUUCCACAGACCAGGAAGAUGUCCACUUGGUAGAAGAGAUCAGGUUAGCGAGUACUCAAUCAAACUGGACAUAUCCAAGUCCCCGAGCCUUGAAGGGACGCAGCCACAAGAGCUGAGGGAGCUCUCCUUGCUGCAGAGGCCGCGAACGGCAUCCUGGGCUGCAUCAGACAAGAGAUUGCCAGCAGGGCGAGCGGGGUGAUCCUGCUCCCCAACGCAGCACUGGUGAGGCCACAGUGGGAGUGCUGGGUCCAGUUCUGGGCUCCUCGGUACAAGAGAGACGGGGACUGACUGCAGAGAUGCCAACAAAGGGCCACAGAGAUCGGCUAAGGACUGGAACAUCUCUCCUGCGAGGAAAGGCCGAGAGAGCUGGGACUGCUUAGCCUGGAAAAGAGAGGGCUCGGGGAGGAUCUUAUUAACAUAUAGAAAUACCUGAAGGGAGGGGGGUGCCAAGAGGACGGAGACAGGCUCUUUCCCAGGGCACGGGUGGAGUCCCCAUCCCUGGAGGUGUCCCUAAAGCAUGCAGCCAUGGCACUUGGGACAUGGUUUAGUAGAGACAGUGGGGUUGGGCUGGCUGUUGGCCUGGAUGAGCUUAGAGGUCUUUUCCAACCUCAUUGGUUCUGUGAUUCUUGCCAGUGGUGCCCAGUGAUGGGACCAGAAACAGCGAGCACCAACUGGAACAUGGGAGAGUCCCUCUGAACACGAGGAAGCACUUUUUCACUCUGAGGGUGACCAAGCACUGGCACAGGGAGCCUGUGGGGUCUCCAUCCCUGGAGAUACUCAAAUGGUGCCUGGGCACGGUCCUGGGCAGCCGGCUCCGGGUGGACCUGCGUGAACGGGGGCCUUGGACCAGAUGGCCCCCAGAGGUCCCUGCCAGCCUCAACCGUUCUGCAAUUCUGUGGUGUCAAAAUCAUAACUAAAUCAAAGUCUGUCUGCAAAAUCCGUGAUCCUAAUGUAUUUUUAUAUACUUUUUUCUGUGCUCUUAAAACACAUUUACCACACAUCACAUCUCAUGUAACUUCCCUUUAUCGGUUUUGUGUUUUUCUACUUUGAUUUGAACCUAAAUGUUAUGAGUCACUUGUAAUAAUUCACUGCUGUAAUAGUCAAAUCUGUGAAACAGAAUAAAAGUCUU